AGGGGUGGUACCAAGCACCCCCAAUUGACGUCGGUACCGUAUAAGCUCUCUUACGCAGGGCGGUUUCAGUCACUCCCACCUGCAGCGCAGCACAAGAAGCGCGAACUAUCCACUAAUAAUAUAGUCUACCGCGCGACCAGUGUACGUAAAGACCACGUGGCUCAAUUCUACGUUUGCUAGACAGCAAUCUGUACCUUUCGCAUUUUGUUCAGUCGAGUUUUCGCGUUACUGCAGUGCGAUUAUAUUUCUUAAAACAUUAUUUUCAACUUCUCGUGAUUGUUUUGUUUGUUAUUAGUUAUAAUUCAAUUAUUUUGAGUUGUCAAAGUGUUUUUUGCAAUAUAUUUGUUUAAUUAUCAAGUUUUUCCAAGUUCUGUCAACAUGUCUACUAGUGAGAAAGAGUCUGAUGAGAUUCCGAAUGUUUGGGAAUAUUGAUAGAUGCUUAAUAGAACGUUAAAGUUACUGUAUUGUCAUCGAAAAAGAAAAAAAAAAGAUAUUGUGAAUUGAUCAAGAGAAACGACCGAAAACAAAUUAUUUUUUAAACGGCCGUAUCAGGAAAAGCGAGGCCACGAACUUUUUUCUUCGUGGACUAACGACGAUGCGGUCUCACUUGCUAAUUUCACGUGCUGGAUGUACGGCUUCUUCGAUGAGAACAGAUUGGCGUCGAACGGAGGUGCCUCGUCAACUGGCUUCAUCGAGGACCCGAUGGUGGUCAAACAGAAUGAAGAUUCUGGUUUAACGCAUAAAUAUCCACUAGAAAUAUCGAAAAUUCCAAAAUUGUAUCCGGAAGAAAGAAAAAAUAAGGAAUGUAAUAUAGAACUAUCUGAAUUGGAAGAGUUCCUAAAUUGCCGUAGCUGCAACGACAAUAAUCGAGAAAUGGUGGGUCAAGACAUGGCCCAGAGCUACAACGAGCUCUUUCAUGCUACACAAGAGCCACAAGAAUUUAUUUCUCUUGAAGAACUAGGUCCUCGAGUUAGUACAACUGAUCAUCAUAGUCAAAAUGUAUCUAAUUCAUCAAUCACUGAUCAUCUUUAUGGAGGAAGUCAAAGUGAUCAGUCUGGAGGACAAAGCCAGCAAAGGACUUAUUACAAUUUAUCAACUCUUUCUAAUUCUUGUGCGAAUGUUUAUUUUGGUGACAUUUCUCAAGGGAAUAAUCGACUUCAAGCUGGGGAACCCUUAGCACCAGCAGCCACUCCUGCACCUCCAUUAUCACCAACAAGUGCGGAUAUUCAUCAGCAGCCAUCGACCAAUAAAAAUGAUGUUGAAAUUCAUGAUAACGAUAUUAAGAAUAGUUGUAGUAUUAUCAAUUCAGCCCAUACUGUCACUGUUCCAAUUACUGCUAGUGUUAGUAAUACCACAAACUCAACAAGUACCACCUGUUCUGCUACAUUAGAUGCCAAAAACCCUGGUAAUCGACUGGAUGGAAGCACAACUAAUGACAAUUAUGUUGAAAACUCUUGUGGAGUGAUUGGAGAAUCUUUUCCACAUACCGAUAGAUCUAAUCCUUCCACAAUGCAAGUUAUUCAACAACCUUCUGUUUCUCCUCACCAUAGUCAUUCUCAUCACCAUCACCAUCGGCACCAUCAUCAUCACCAUCACCACCACCAUCAUCAUCAAGACUCUACAGAUUCUACAGUGUGUAAUACUCCACCAGAUCUUUCUGAUGAUUAUUCACCUAUUUCACGCAAAAGAAAAAUAUCGUGCCAUGAUGAUAACGAUUUGUUAGACGAUACUGCUGAUGAUGUUAAGUCUGUUCGACCGAAUGCUGACAGUAAAAAGCAGAACCAUAGUGAAAUUGAGAAGCGAAGGCGUGAUAAAAUGAAUACCUAUAUCACCGAGUUGUCAGCUAUGGUACCAAUGUGUCAUGCAAUGUCAAGAAAAUUAGAUAAAUUGACUGUAUUGAGAAUGGCCGUGCAACAUUUAAAAACAAUACUUGGCGCAGUCACUUCCUAUACCGAGGGUCAUUACAAACCAGCCUUUCUCAGCGAUCAAGAACUUAAGACACUCAUUCUCCAGGCAGCUGAUGGGUUUGUCUUUGUAGUUGGCUGCGAUCGUGGAAGAAUUUUAUAUGUGUCAGAAUCAGUUUCACAGACACUCAACUACUCUCAGGAUGAUCUUCUGGGACAGAGCUGGUUUGAUAUUCUUCACCCAAAAGAUGUAGCAAAAGUGAAAGAACAGUUGUCAUCUUCAGAUCUUAGUCCAAGAGAAAGAUUGAUAGAUGCAAAAACAAUGCUUCCUGUUAAGACUGAUGUACCCCAAGGCGUAUCACGCUUGUGUCCAGGUGCUAGAAGAUCAUUUGUUUGUCGAAUGAAAAGAAAAAUUGAAAACUUAUCAACUUGUGGUGAAUCUCAAGUAAAAGAAGAAACUGAUACUACUCCUGGAUGUCAUAGAAGAAAAAAACAACAAAGUUCAGAUUGGAAGUAUUGCGUUAUUCAAUGCACAGGUUACUUAAAAUCCUGGGCUCCAGCGAAAAUAGGAUUAGAAGAACCAGAAGGCGAGAGCGAUGGUGAAGCAUGCAAUCUCUCAUGUCUAGUUGCUGUAGGGAGAGUUCAACCAGGCCUUCCAACAUUCUUUUCAAACGUUCGAACUCCAAGACUACGAACUAUAGAAUUUGUUUCUCGGCAUGCUUUAGAUGGGAAAUUUCUAUUUGUUGAUCAAAGGGCAACGCUUGUGUUAGGCUUCUUACCACAGGAACUUUUAGGUACUAGUAUGUAUGAAUAUUACCAUCAUGACGAUAUUCCUCAUCUAGCUGAGUCUCAUAAAGCUGUACUACAAACAGCCGAACGUGUUAUUACUCAGGUGUACAGAUUUAGAACAAAAAAUUCAAGCUUUGUAAAACUUCAGUCGGAGUGGAAAUCUUUCAAAAAUCCAUGGACCAAAGAUAUUGAGUAUUUAAUUGCAAAGAAUUCUGCUAUAUUCUGUGAUUCACGACAAGUAAAAAGCAGUGUUAACCGUUCUGAAGGCUCUAGUAUACAAGGAAACUAUGAUUUUUUCAGUCAAAAUAAUGGUAGCUUGGAAAGAUUAAUUUCUAGUCAAGUUGAGGUGAGCAAAAUAGGUAGAAGAAUAGCCGAAGAAGCUUUAGAUCAUCAGCGACGAAACGAAGACUCUCCUUCUCGGAACAGUCCUAAUCCUUCACAUGACCGUGUUCUUUUGCUUAAUACUGAAAUCACAUCUCCAGAAAGAACUCAGGACUCGGGUCAGUCUAAUGUGGGAGGUGAAAACAGUAAUAUGAGCUUGACAAAUACUUUCAAUCAUGUACAGACGAAUAUUACACUGAAUAAUAUAACAGCUGAUCAAGGAGCUUCUGCUGAUGAAAAUAUGACAGAAAUAAUAGGAGGUGCAGCUAUUAAUGAGUCUCCGAAUGCUCUUCCAUCAGAUGGAAGCGAUGAAGCAGCAAUGGCUGUAAUCAUGAGUCUUUUGGAAGCAGAUGCAGGACUUGGUGGUCCAGUUGACUUUUCUGGAUUACCUUGGCCUCUUCCGUAGCACUCUAGUUAAUUAAUUGUCAAAUGAAUCUCAAGAAGAAAAUCCUAUUAUCGUGAUAUUCCAGAUGUACUCCUUUUUGUGACUCUUUUUUAUUUGUGAAGGUUGCAGGAGGCAUGGCUAGUAAGUACAAAUAAAAAUAUGUGUGAUUGUUAUUUACGUUCAUUAAUGUGUAAAUAGAUAAUGUUAAUAUAAAAUAUAAAGUUAAUUGUAAUUAUAAAAGUAUAUAAGAUUUAAAUUUUAUUUUUCAUUUGCCAAAGUUUUCUUUUAUUUUUAGAAAUCU